AUGCCUGCCAAAACGGGUGACCGUUCCAAAGUCAAGCCAGCAAUACCCCGGCCGAGCUCAAGCGUUGUUCUCAUUUCACCCAAGAACGAAGUCCUCUUACUUCACCGCGUCAAGACAUCUACGUCAUUUGCAUCGGCCCAUGUGUUUCCCGGAGGCAAUCUUUCAGCACAAGAUGGGGAAUGUCCCGCGGCAGAGGAUCCGAAACGGCACGAAGACGCGCCUUGCUACCGCAAUGCAGCCGUCAGGGAGCUGUUCGAGGAGAGCGGGAUCCUGCUUGCGCGAGAUCAGAGCACAGGUGCCAUGCUCGCUGUCUCUGAGGAGGAUAGAGAGAAAGGCAGGCGGGAAAUCCAUCAGAAUAAGACGACGUUCGCCGCGUGGUUGAAGAAGCAUAAGGCCGCUGCUGUACCGGAUAUUGAUCCAUUAAUCCCAUUCUCGCGGUGGAUCACCCCUACAAAUGUCCCGAAGCGCUACUCGACACAGAUGUAUCUCUACUUUCUACCUCUACCAGCCGAGUCGAACACAUCGCUCAUAGAUGAGAUCCCAGGCCCAGGCGAGCGGGAAGAAAUCCAGGUGCCUACCGGCGACGGCGGCGUCGAAGUGACAGAAGCCAUGUUCCUGCCCGCAGCCGAAUGGCUGCGAAGAGCCCAAAGCGGAGAGAUCAUCAUGUUCCCACCGCAGUUCUUACUACUCCAUCUAGUAUCGCAGUUCCUGGAUAAAGAGCCCCGAGCGACGCCUUCGCUAAAUGAGCUCACGCAGCGGCGCGCGCAGCUGGUUGAGUUUGCUCAUUCAGGGUCCCCACCGUGGACGGAGAAAUGUAUCUCUCCCAAAAUGCUCAAGAUGUCCUCGGACGGACGGACGGUAUUGGCCUUGGACCAUCCCGGACCGGAGUUGAAGGGCACGAAUCGGGCAGGGGAGCCAGAUCGCGUGGUGUAUGUACAGUUCAAAAAGGGGACUGCCCGGAAGCUCGAGGUGCGCUGGAAGAAGGAUGUAUUUGCCGAGCAGCAGAUGAGCAAUCUGUAA